GUAUCCUCCAAACUGCGCAGCGUAACAAUGCCCCGCCGCUGUCUCUGUCCCGAAGCCCUGAUACGACGACUGUUGAAAUCUACCCCGCGUGGCCGCAUAAAAGCCUGCGUGAUUCUUUUCGCUGUCUAUAUGAUGGUGUUCGAAGUGGCUACCUACGUCGUCCUGCCGGCGUUCGUGUGGCCUCGAAUUGACAAGCACGACGACCAGUUGAGACUGUUGCUGGUCGCGGAUCCGCGGCUCAGGAACCCGGGGGAUGCGGAGGUGGCAAGAUGGGACACUGAACGAUUCAUGCGAAGAACCUUCAAGGACGCGUUAGAACACGCGCGCCCGCACAUGGUUGUUUUCUUGGGAGACAAUUGGCGUAGUGUUGACGUCGAGAAGACGUCUUCGCUGCACCAGCAGCAGUUCAGCCACGUGUUCGGUGCCGCGCGAGACGUGUCCAAGGUCCUGGUCCUCCCUGGGGAACUAGACGUCGGCGACGACCCGGACAGCCCGACGACCCUGAACAACACGAUAGCGUUCGCCAAGACGUACGGAUGCCCCCACGUUGUGCGCCUCGGCAAGAAGUACGACUUCUUCGUUGUGGAUUCGCUCUCCAGAGGACACGCUGACCCAUCGCACGAAGAUUUAAACAGCAUGCUGAACACCGGCCAACCGGGGACCGUCCGCGUCCUCCUCUCCCACCUACCCAUCCUGCCUCUGCUGGACAGGAGACUAAACGCCUUGCUCGAUACAGUUAAGCCUCACGUCAUCUUCUCGGCUCACGAAAGAACUCCCCACCUCGUCCGGGCUACAAAGACUUCACCCGCCGGGAACUUGUCCGUCACCAAGAACUUUGCGACGGGAAGUUCACGCUUCACGCUGAAAGAAGAAACGAAUUUGUUGGAGUUCCUGGUACCUUCGAGUGCCUACGACGUGACGCCGACGCCAGGAUUCGGCCUGGCUAUUUUCAGCGAAAGUAUGCUGCUCGACUACGCCACCUUGUGGACUCCUUCACGUACUCCUCACCUGGUCGGCUAUGUUACCCUUACCGGCUUCUGCGUUUUCCUUUAUAUUGUUCCACGAUUGUAGUCCCUCUGUGGCGACGGCGUCGUUUAUGAGGUCACCUUUGUGACAUUGUUGAUGUGAUGACGUCGCAAUAGUGAUAGGUACUACGGUGCUUCUCACAAUGUUAUGCAGUCGUAUCGGAGCCUAUAGACCUUGAUGUUCGCCUUUACAAGUUUUAUAUGAAUUAAAGAUGUAGACGUUC